GGGUGAAAGAAAAGGAAAAGAAAAGAAAAGAAAAGAAAGGAAAGUGAAGCAGAGAGAGAGAGAGAGAGAGAGAAGAAAGAAAGAAAGAAAUGUGUAAGAAGGGAGUAGCGUUGCUGUUUGAGAUGCGAGCCUUCUCCGGUAGAAAGGGAACCUUCUCCGUACUUCUUCUCUUUCUCCUUUUCAUUCUUAUUCUUCUUAACAUUUAAUUAACCUUUUCUGAAUUCUGAAUUCUUCUUCUUCUUCUUCUUCUUCUUCUUCUUCGUUUACUCAUUCCAACACUCAAACACUUCACCUCUUUCUUCAAUGCAUGAUUUGGUGAUAAUAAUCAAUUAAUACCUUUCUUCUAUUUUGAUUUGGAUAAUUAUAAUAAAGAUUAUACAAUCUUUCAUAUUAAAAAUCAUUCUUCAUUUCAGUGGGGUCUAGUUCUUAUUUUGUUAUCAUUUUUGCUGUAAAUACAACUGUGUCAGAUUGAUUGAUAUUUGUUAUAGUUUCACAGCUAUAAGCUUCCUCCUUUGGUAUUAUUUGAUUCUCAGGAGGAUUUAGAUUUUCAAUCAACCAAAAAAAAUUAAAAAAAAAAACUUAAUUUUUAUUUAACCCUUUUCCCCCAAAUUUUAUUGUGGGUUUUUACCAAAAAAGGUUUUUAUUGGUAGUAGUGAUCACUGAUCAGUAUUCUGUUGCUAAAAAAAUAGAAUUUUUAUUUUAUUUUUGUGGAAGAAAUUUUCAUCAUAUACUGAAAUUAGGUUGAAGAGAUUUGAGUUUAUUUGCUUUUGAGGCUGGCUUAGUUUUCUAUUGGAUCAUUAAAUCUUAUAUGGGAAUACCUGAUAGUUCGUUUCGAGAUCUAAUAGAAAAGGUUAGGUCUUGGAUUUCUGGGGGAAGAGUAGGUGAUUUGUCUGAUUUUUCUGAUAAUUUUGAUAUGCAAAAUAGUGUCUGCAAAAUGUGUUGUGAGUGUAAUCAAAAUUUCAAUGAGAUGACUCAGUAUAAAUACAACUGCAAAAGUUGCGGUCGUUGGUUGUGUGGGAAGUGUAUUAGAGGUUGUGAUCUGCCGAAUCCGGUAUCCGAUGAUAAUAGUGGAUUUAAGGAAACCAUAAGUUCUUGUAAGUUUUGCUCGGUUUCUAAUAGGACUUCUGAGGGUCAGCUGAGGAAGUGUAUUGAGAAAGUGCAUCCUGCCGUUUCUCCACAAGAGAGUCCUAGACAAAGUCCCGAGCCGCCUUCACCGAGCUUUAGUGUUGAAACUGAAAAAGACGGUUCUGUACUAAAUGCCGAAUUGAAUCGUGGUAGUCACUUCGAACGCUAUUUUCGUGAUCAAGAGUGUGAGUAUUAUGCUCAUUCCAUGAUCAGUAGGAGUUUGACCUCAUCUGGUGCUCACCCUUCUUCGGUAUCCAAUUUUCCAUCCACCUUGAGGAGUGAUGAAGAAGGGAUGGAAGAUUUCGGGAAGCACUCGCUUAGCCCAUCUCGUACAUAUUGUGAUAACAAUUCAGAUGUAGAUUCAAGUAGCGUUAGUGCUAGACAUGACACUUACAACUAUAACUCUGUGGGUUCAAGUCCUUCCGAUAGCCCUUCUAGGAUUGAUUUUGCUUCCAGGAGGGCCGGGCUUCCUAUCCAGAAGAAAGGGCAGGAGAAAAGUUCCAUCCCUCAGAAUGAUAUUCCCUCUGGUCAACAAAGUAUGGCGGUUUUAAAAAAGCCUGAAUCUGCGACUGAGGAUGCAUAUAACACUACUUAUUUUUCUGAUGAGAAUUCAAAGAGGCCAUUGGAUUUUGUAAACAAUGGCCUUAUUUGGUUCCCCCCACCACCUGAAAAUGAAGAUGCUGAUGCAGAAGGCAAUUUCUUUGCAUAUGACGACGAGGAUGAUGAUAUUGGUGACUCAGGUGCCUUGUUCUCAUCCAAUAGCAGUCUAUCUAAUAUGUUUCCUGCAAAAGAGAAACACAAUGAUGGAAACACGGAACCUUUAAAAUCUGUAGUACAAGGGCAUUUUAGAGCUCUUGUUUCACAACUUUUGCAGGGAGAGGGAAUUCAAGUUGGUAAAGAAAAUGGUUCCGUCAACUGGGUAGACAUUGUUGCAACUGUAGCAUGGCAGGCUGCUAACUUUGUGAGACCAGACACUAGCAAAGGUGGCAGUAUGGAUCCAGGUGAUUACGUAAAGGUCAAAUGUGUAGCUUCUGGAAGCCCGAGUGACAGCACCCUUAUCAAAGGAGUUGUUUGCACAAAAAAUAUAAAGCACAAGCGCAUGUCCUCUCAAUACAAAAAACCUAGACUGCUACUCCUAGGAGGAGCACUGGAAUAUCAGAAAGUUCCAAAUCAACUGGCUUCUUUUGAUACAUUGUUGCAGCAGGAAAAUGAUCAUCUGAAGACGAUCAUUUCGAAAAUUGAGACUCUUCGACCGAAUGUUUUGCUGGUAGAAAAAACCGUUGCUUCACAAGCCCAAGAAUAUUUGCUUGCAAAGGAAAUCUCCUUGGUGUUGAAUGUUAAAAGGCCUUUGCUUGAGCGUAUAGCUCGCUGCACUGGUGCUCUUAUCACUCCAUCAGUGGAUAGUUUAUCUAAGGCACGACUUGGGCACUGUGAAUUGUUCCGGUUAGACCGGAUUUUGGAAGAUCACGAGGCUGGUAAUCAGUUCAACAAAAAGCCAUCGAAAACAUUAAUGUUCUUUGAAGGUUGUCCACGGCGUUUGGGAUGCACGGUCUUACUGAAGGGCACAUGUCGUGAAGAACUGAAAACAAUUAAAGCUGUUAUGCAAUAUGCAGUUUUUGCAGCCUAUCAUUUAUCUCUUGAGACCUCAUUCCUUGCUGAUGAGGGUGCCACCCUGCCUAAGAUGAUAGUAAAACACUCGACAGACAUGCCAGAUAGUGCAACAGCUGACACUGACAUUUCUAUAGUAUCAGACACCUUUUCUUCUACCAUGUGCCAAUCAGAGGCUGAUGAUGCUUCUAGAGUGAAGGACUCUGUUGGUCAUGAUAUUGGAAAUCUGGGAUCAGUGUCAGAGAAUUUUAAUGAACUUAACUUUCAUUCAUAUACAGGCACCAUGGUGGAUUAUAGUGUUGAGAAUGUGCUCUCUGAUCCAUACUGUGAUAACCUAUCAUCUAAUUUGACUUUAGAAUCUGAUUAUUUGCAUAAUGAAUCAGAGGGGGACUCUAUGUCUAGAGACCCUUCGCAUGUAGAUUUGCAAGAAACCAUGCUUCACGAGGAGGGAGAGUGUGAAGUUUCUGGUGAAUACUUUUCUGCCACUGAAGCCCACCAGAGCAUAUUAGUGUACUUUUCCAGUCAUUGUGUAUCGAAAGGAACUGUAUGUGAACGCACCAGGUUACUUCGCAUAAAAUUCUACGGCUCUUUUGAUAAGCCACUCGGGAGAUAUCUCCAUGAUGAUCUAUUUGAUCAGACAUCUUGCUGUCAGUCUUGUAAAGAUCCUACGGAGGCUCAUGUCCUUUGUUUUACACACCAGCAAGGAAAUCUUACAAUCAAUGUUAGGCGACUCCCCUCUGUGAAGUUACCAGGGGAAAGGGACGGCAAGAUUUGGAUGUGGCACCGGUGUCUGAGGUGUCCAGUUGUGGAUGGAGUUCCACCAGCAACUCAGAGGGUUAUUAUGUCGGAUGCUGCGUGGGGAUUGUCUUUUGGAAAGUUCUUAGAACUUAGCUUCUCAAACCACGCAACUGCUAAUCGAGUUGCUACCUGCGGACAUUCUUUGCAAAGGGACUGCCUCCGGUUUUAUGGGUUUGGGAGCAUGGUUGUUUUCUUCCGGUAUUCCCCUAUUGAUGUUCUUUCUGUUCAUCUGCCCCCAUCUGUUCUAGAAUUUGGUGACAUCAAAGAAAAAUGGAUUACAAAGGAGGCAGGAGAGGUGCUUUAUACUAAAGUGGAAACCUUGUAUCUGGAGAUAUCAAAUGUGCUCGAACAAUUGGAAACAAAGGUUUUGUUUCCUGGUAUUGGAAAUGAGCUGUCAGAUGCCUAUGGCAUUCAUAACCACGUACUGAAUCUGAAAGAAAUGCUUUUAAGAGAAAAAAUGGAUUAUCAUAAUUCGCUAAAUUCGGCUAGUGAGACUGUGGAGCCAGGAAAUAUGGCUUCAGACAUUCUGGAACUAAAUCGUUUGAGACGUUCACUUCUAAUUGAUUCACAUGUUUGGGAUCAACGGCUAUGCCAACUGGAUUCUCUUAUUAAAAAGUGUCUUAGUCCCAAGAUUAAACAAGAAAAUGAAUCAUCUGCAGAUGUUAAAGAAUCAAGAGUUGAUUUCCAUCAUAAGGAUCAAAAUUUUGACUCUGAGCUUGAGCAAAAUAAUUACAGGCCUUCAAAAUUGCACGAGUCUCAUGAAAGUCAUAAGCUUGUAGAGCCAGAUGACCACCUUGAGUUCCGCACUUCAGAAGCAUCUGAGUGUUGUCCUGAUGGGGAAGAACCACAUUCUGAUGGUGAAUUUGUUUCCAACAAAGCAUUAUCUGAGUGUAUAUCACCAAAGGAAUCCAAUCUUUCCGAAAAAAUAGAUUUGGCAUGGACCGGAACUGAUCAACCUGUUCAUGUCAAUGGUUCCGUUAAAACGUUGACACAACCAAUGAGAGUUCAGUCUUUCGAUUCAGCAUUAAGAGUUCAGGACCGAAUAAAAAAAGACUUGCCCUCAUCUUUGUUUAUGUCAACACGUCGAUCUUUUCAUGCUUCUGGAGACUACAAGAAUAUGGUUCCCAUCUCCACUGCAUUGCCAAAUUACUUUCAAACGUUGCCGUGGGAGUCACAGAAGAUAAAUCUGAUUCUGAGCUCCACACCAUCAUUCAUUUCCUCCAUAUCCAUAUCUCACAUUGCUGAAGGUGCUCGGUUGCUGCUUCCCCAAACAGGUCACGGCGAUAGAGUUAUAGCUGUAUAUGACAAUGAUUACUCCAGCAUUAUAUCCUAUGCCCUUAGUUCUAAGGAUCACAAAGAUUGGGUUUCGGGGAAAUCAGAUCUGCAUGAUGGUAGUUGGAAUGCUCACCAGAGAAACAAAGAAGAUGUAGUUUCUUCCAGCUUUAAUGCGUGGGCUACUUUGGACUUGGAGUAUAUCAACUAUGGUAGUUAUGGAUCUGAUGAAGCUGCAUCUUCAAUUAGUUCUCUUAUUCGGGAUGACAAAAAAUCUACACACCUGCAAAUCUCUUUUGGUGACGAUUCUUUGGGUGCUGGGGGUAAAGUGAAUUUUUCUGUCACUUGCUAUUUUGCAAAGCAAUUUGAUUCACUCAGGAAAAAGUGCUGCCCUAACGAAGUUGAUUUCGUGCGAUCCUUGAGCCGUGGCCAGAGAUGGAGUGCUCAGGGAGGGAAAAGUAAUGUAUAUUUUGCCAAGUCAUUAGAUGAAAGGUUUAUUAUUAAACAAGUGACGAAAACCGAAUUGGACUCCUUUGAAGAAUUUGCACCUCAGUAUUUCAAAUACUUUAUGGAUGCGUUAAACUUGGGAGGCCCAACAUGCCUUGCCAAAAUUCUUGGUAUUUAUCAGGUCACUGUAAAAUACCCAAAAGGUGGCAAGGAAACAAAGAUAGAUCUGAUGGUAAUGGAGAAUCUGUUUUACAAGAGAAACAUAUCCAGGGUAUAUGAUCUUAAAGGCUCAGAAAGAUCUAGGUACAAUGCAGAUACAACUGGGACAAACAAAGUGAUGCUUGACAUGAAUUUGUUGGAAACAUUGAGAACAAAACCCAUAUUUCUCGGAAGUAAGGCUAAGCGAAAACUCGAGAGAGCUGUAUGGAACGACACAUCCUUUUUGGCGUCAGUUGCUGUUAUGGAUUACUCAUUGCUGGUUGGGGUGGAUGAUGAGAAGAAGGAGCUGGUAUUGGGGAUAAUUGAUUACAUGAGACAAUACACAUGGGACAAGCAUUUAGAGACAUGGGUUAAAGCUUCUGGGAUACUUGGGGGUCCUAAAAAUGCUGCCCCCACAAUUGUUUCUCCUAAACAAUACAAGAAAAGAUUCAGGAAGGCAAUGACUACCUACUUUCUCACCUUACCUGAUCAAUGGUCAUCUUGAAAGUUAUUUUCUUUUCUUAGAUUAGUAUAUGUAUCCAUGGUGAAAACUCAUUUGGAUACAUCAAGAAAGACCUUAUUUGUUUCUAUUUUAAAAUUACUUUUUUUAGCACAGAUUAAAAAUAUUGUAAUAACCGAAUAAAUAAAUACCUUAUUUGUUUAUAAUGGUUAUAAGAGCUUUCAUUCUUUCUUUA